AUGGCGACCCAAUCCGUUACCAUCGCCGAGACUGCUGCCACCAAAGUAGAUGCCAGCGUACCCAAAAUGGACAUUCCCAUCAUCAACAUCAGCCCGUUCUUAGCAGGUGAUGCUGAAGGCACGGCCAAACUGGUUGCGGAUUUCCGUGAGGCGUGUACAAGCGUCGGGUUCCUUCAGAUUGUCGGACACCCCAUCUCGCACGAUCUUCAGGAACGGCUCAUGGAGGGAGUGGUCAGGUUCUUCCAGCUACCUAUGGAGCAGAAGGAAGCGAUCUCGAAGAGCAAAAGCAAAAGCAAUCGAGGCUAUGAGCGAAUUGGGGAUCAGAAGCUCGACGAUGACCCCAAUGUCACUGCGGACCAGAAAGAAGCCUUCUCCAUCCGGACAGAUAAACCACUGGGACGAUUCUUGCAGGGUCCCAAUCACUGGCCGGAUCUCCCUGGAUUCAAGGAAUCUUACACCGAGUACUAUAACGCCAUGCGCGGAUUCAGCCAAGCUCUCUUCAGGAUCAUCGCCCUCAGCUUGAACCUGGACGAAGGGUACUUUGAUCGAUUCGCCAGCGAUCCCGAUGGGCUGGCAGCCCUCCGAUCGCACCACUAUCCUCCUACCCCGGUAGAUGUUACCGGCAGGACCAGGGGUGCCGGUGCGCAUACAGACUUUGGGGCAUUGACCUUGCUGUUGCAAGAUGAUGUUGGUGGCCUUGAGGUCUUGCACAGAGCCAGCGACACAUGGCAUCCCGUCACACCAGUCGAGGGUGCUUAUGUUAUGAACAUUGGAGACUUGUUGGAACGCUGGACGAACGGACAUUACAAGUCAACCAUGCACAGAGUUCUCAGCCCUCUGUCGCUGAAAGACCGGUAUACGUGCGCCUAUUUCAACGAAGGCGAACUAGACCAAGUUAUCGAGUGCAUCCCGACUUGUCUAGCACCCGGCGAGAAGCCACUAUACCCGCCAAUUAAGGUGCAGGACCAUUUGUUGAGCAGAUGGGAGCGGGCCUAUACCAGUAUCGGUACUACCUUCUACCGUGCAGACCAGCCGUAA